GAGAUAGACAUCAGAGGCUGUACGCAUCUUCACUGCAUCUCCCUCCCCGCGAUUCUUCUACUGUUGUCCAUCCGGUCUCUCUCCCGCCCUCCGGCGUCGAUUCUCCGGCGACGUCGCCGUUAACAGCAACAGAUUUUCCCAAUAAUGUCAGGUCAAACCCAGCGCCUGAAUGUAGUUCCCACUGUCACAAUGCUUGGAGUUAUGAAAGCUCGCCUUGUUGGCGCUACACGAGGCCAUGCUCUGCUCAAGAAGAAGAGUGACGCUUUGACAGUGCAGUUUCGUCAAAUCCUUAAGAAAAUUGUCUCUACCAAAGAAUCAAUGGGUGAGAUCAUGAAGUCAUCUUCAUUUGCCUUGACUGAAGCUAAAUAUGUCGCUGGGGAGAAUAUUAAGCACAUUGUUCUUGAGAAUGUCCAAAAUGCAUCUCUCAAAGUCAGAUCAAAGCAAGAGAAUAUAGCUGGUGUGAAACUUCCUAAGUUUGAAUACUUCACUGAAUCUGAGACCAAGCAUGACCUGACUGGACUGGCCAAAGGUGGUCAGCAAGUCCAGCUAUGUCGAGCGGCUUAUGUCAAAACAAUUGAGGUUCUUGUUGAGCUUGCUUCACUUCAAACGUCGUUUUUAACACUCGAUGAAGCAAUAAAGACAACAAAUCGAAGAGUUAAUGCUCUGGAGAAUGUUGUGAAGCCCAGAUUGGAGAACACUAUCAACUAUAUCAAGGGAGAACUGGAUGAGCUUGAAAGAGAGGAUUUCUUCAGGUUGAAGAAGAUACAAGGAUACAAAAAGAGGGAGCUCGAGAGACAGAUGGCGUCAGCACAGCAAUAUGCAGUAGAGAAGCUCGCUGAGGAGGUUUCUUUGAAAAAGGGCAUUCCUCUUGACUCGGCCCACAACUUGUUAUCGGCAGGAACAGAGAGAGACGAGGACAUAAUUUUCUAAUCUGAAGUCCCGAUUCUGGUCGGUGUCACAUGUCAAUAUGAUAUGAUCAAUGUGCUGCUGCUCUUUUAGAAAUAGAAUUGCCGGGUAUGACUUAGAUUGCGGUUUGAUGUUACAUAGUUUUAUAGGGAAUAAGAGUGGUGCUAGGAUGCAGUUCAUGUUUCUUGUAGUAUGGUUAUCAGACUCUUUAAGCAUAGAAUACAGAGCUUCUCUGCUGCCAAUCAGUUAUUAUGUCAA